GUGCGCAUCCCUCUGCAGGUGCGCGUACCGCGUCACUGCCUGGUUACAGUUGCCGGGAGGAAAAAAAGAUUUCUUCACUGAGUUAUCGAGACCGCUGAGCGGAGGGAAGAAGUCGGUGUUUGGCUGUUUGUGUGUGAAGUUUUAAGCUCGUCGAAGUUGUGUUUUGUGAGUAGAGGAGAAACAGGUGGAGGCUCGGGCGGAAGGAACAUGGCUAAAAAACAUAACGAAGAAGAAAACGCGGACUCCGAGUACGGGCAACCGGUGCAGUAUGAGCAGAAUUUCAGAGGACCUGUAAAGAACAGAGGGUGUACAGAUAUAAUCUGCUGUAUUCUGUUCCUGCUCGUCAUCCUCGGCUACAUAGUAGUUGGAAUUAUAGCUUGGAUGUAUGGAGAUCCGAGACAUGUUCUUUAUCCAACAAACUCAACCGGCUGGUUUUGUGGCAGUGGACCAAAUAAAGACCGGCCUAACUUGUUGUACUUUGACCUUCUCAAAUGUGCCACAUCUGUCAAUGUGAUGGCAAGUGUUCUCAAUGGCUUCCAGUGUCCCACCACACAGGUGUGUGUGAAAGACUGCCCCUCUAAGUUCUGGGCUGUGCAGGUACCGUCGUAUCUUCCAGGUGUUGAACCUGCAACUGUUUUUAAUCAAAGCCUCUGUGUGCCAUCUUUUAACCUGGAAAGUACCCGACUGACGGUUAAACAAAUUAUAGACCAGGAGCUGUGUCCUUUCAUUCUCAUACCCACAACCCCCGUGUUGGGGAGAUGUUUUCCUGAUAUCACAGCACUGGGGGACAUCCCUUCAUACUUUAACAACGUUCCAGGCUUACCCCCCUCAACCAACAACACCAUUUCCCUCAUCAAAAAUGGCACUGGCACUGGGGGCAUUGUCAAUAGUUUUAAUGCUAAGGACAUCGCCACCCGAAUCUUUGAGGAUUUUGCAUCGUCAUGGCCGUGGAUCAUUGUCGGUUUGAUAAUAGCCAUGCUUGUCAGUCUGCUGUUCCUGCUGCUGUUGAGGUUUAUCGCUCCAGUCAUUGUGUGGGUGCUUAUCCUGGGAGUGUUGGGCACCGGGGCUUAUGGAAUAUGGCACUGCUACUGGGAAUACAGUAACUACAAACAAAACGCUGCUACCAUCACCACAAUUGGACUGACCACAAACUUGAAGAGUUAUCUGGAAGUCCAAGAGACCUGGCUGACUUUCUUGAUAAUUAUAUCCAUAGUGGAGGCGAUCCUUCUGCUGACCCUCAUCUUCCUACGCACCAGAAUCCUCAUAGCCAUCGCCCUCAUCCAGGAGUCCAGCAAAGCAAUCAGCCACAUGAUGUCUGCUCUGCUGUACCCUGUGGUCACCUUUGUUCUCCUGAUGGUGUGUGUGGCUUUCUGGGGCACCACUGCUUUAUAUUUGGCUACCUCAGGAUUGCCCACCUACAAAGUGGUGGCUCUGAACUCCACCAUGAGCGGCUGUGGGAAUAUUGAUGGCACUAAAGAAUGCGACCCCCAGAACUUCACUUCAUCGGAUUACCCGAGCUGCCCCUCAGCCAGCUGCAUCUUCAUCAGCUAUAGCACUGAGGACCUCAUCCGGAACAACCUCAAGUACCUGCACAUCUACAACGUGGUGGCUUUUCUCUGGUGUGUCAACUUUGUCAUUGCUCUGGGACAUUGCACGCUGGCUGGAGCCUUCUCCUCCUACUACUGGGCCUUCAACAAACCGGCUGACAUCCCCACGUUCCCCGUCUUUGGUGGUUUUAUACGCUCUCUCAGGUACCAUGUGGGCUCCUUGGCAUUUGGUGCUUUGAUCCUGACCGUGGUUCAAAUCCUGAGGGUAAUCCUGGAGUACAUUGACCGCAAAACAAGAAAUGCGCAGAAUUGUGUUACACGUUUCAUAAUUUGCUGCAUGAGGUGCUGCUUAUGGUGUCUGGAGAAAUUCAUCAAGUUCAUCAACAGGAAUGCUUACAUCAUGAUUGCCAUUUAUGGGAAAAACUUCUGUGUCUCAGCCAAAAAUGCUUUCCAACUCCUCAUGAGAAAUGUGAUAAGGGUCAUGGUGCUCGAUAAAGUCACAGACCUGCUGCUGUUCUUCGGGAAGCUCAUGGUGGUUGGAGGCGUAAGUGUUUUGUCCUUCUUUUUCUUCUCUGGACGAAUCAAUCUCCCAGGCUCCAACUUCCGCUCUGAAACCCUCAACUACUACUGGAUGCCAAUUAUUACCGUGGCCUUUGGUAGCUACCUCAUAGCUCACGGAUUCUUCAGCGUAUACAACAUGUGUGUCGACACGCUCUUCCUCUGCUUCUUGGAGGACCUGGAGCGUAAUGAUGGUACUACAGAAAAGCCGUAUUAUAUGUCUAAAGGUCUCAUGAAUAUCCUCAACAAAUCCAACAAGGGACGAAAAAAAGCGAAGAAGUGAAGAUGUCUGUCUGGCUUUAUGUAACCAAAGAAAUACUGUCACACAUUCAGGACGUGCUUCUUAUUUGCAUUUUUUAAAUUUUAGACAUCCAUCUUUCCAGCUACGUUUACCAAAACUAAUCUGCAAAUUUUGCACUUUAUAAACAUUUAGGAAAAAAGCUAUUAUUUACUAUUGAUUGUACAUAUAAUAGGACUGAGUGAUUACAUAAUAAAUACAGCCAUCUCUCCAUUUCUCAUCUGGACCAUUAUAAUCUUUGUGUCAAUAGCUUUAAUUCUCCUGCUGGCCAUUUGGUUCCAGUUAAACAGUUUUGAAUGUUAAACUUUGUAGAUUUGAUAUUCUUAAAUAUUUAAAUUGAUUUCAACAAGGUCUUUAUGUAUUUUGAUAUUUGUAAAAAGAUUUUAUACAUUUGUUUGUAUUGGUUGUAUU